AUGAUUGGUCUCAAAGAAUUAUCCGUGUUUGUGCAUAUUAUUGGUGCAGGACUAGUGCUUCAAUUGAGCUUUCCUGCUCUGCGACAGGUCGCAGCAGGUGCCUUCACGCUGGUGAGCGGCACACGUUAUGGCGGCCACGCACCCACGGAGAAGGAUGGAAGACCCAAGAUCCCACCGACCAAGCGAAUCUGGUAUCUGCUGAUAUGCAUGGCGUGUGGUUGGUUUAUCGCCUUCCUGCGCGUUGUUUUUCCAGCGCACAACGGGUUCAUACUGGAACGCUGGCUACAGUGUCUGGCUUGGACGGCCAUGCUGAUGCAUUACACCACGCUUGUGACUGAGUCAGUCCACCGUGAGAGAUAUUCGAUUGGAUUACGAGGAUGCCUCAGCUGCGUCGUAGUAGCAUUGCUCUCCGUGGUGGAGCGGCAAACGGGGGAGGAAUUAGAAAAACCCACGAAGGCUCUGCUUGUCAUGGUGCAGAUCAACCAAUGUAUCGUGGGGAUAUCGGUCUUGAUCAGUCUGUCGUUGCCACGACGCUCCCGGAUAUUCCGGGAUGGAAAGGCAAUUGAUGGAGAAGGUUCAUCUUCUGUUCUGGGGCGUCUUUCUUUCUCCUGGGUCAGCGAGUUGGUCGCACUAGCUGAGACCCGACGUCGAGUUACUGUGGAGGACCUGCCGGAGCUGGAUGAUCGGACACGAGCAAAGGUUCUGAUGGAAGAAUUUACUCAGGCCGCCUCCACAGAUGCAUUACGUCGUAGUCAUGAACAAUCCUUGCUGAGGCUAUUGCUCCGUUCGCACGGCAAGUGUCUACGCAAUCAAAUUAUUCUCUCUAUCCCGCUGGCCGUGGUCGCGUUUACGCCGCAGUUCGCCUUGUGGAUGAUGCUGCAAUUGCUGGAAGAACAGUCCGCGAGGCAGUCAGAGACUGCGUCGUUGGUAUGGUGGGCAUUGGUUUGUGGCCUCACGAUUGGCUUCUCCGCGUGGCUCGAGAACUGGCUCUUGUGGCUGGCGAUGAAUAAGAUCACGGUUCCCAUGACGCAGCAAGUGACGGCGAUUCUCUACAACAAAGUCAUCAGUCAUCGUCCACGGGCUGAAGAGGGUCUUAACGAGCAAAGCGUCACAAACCUGAUCUCCAUGGACACACAACGCAUUGCCGGCGUGGCAGGAUUUCUCUACUCCAACGUCCUACAGGCAAUGAAGCUCAUGGUCGCCAGCACCAUGCUGGCACAUUUGUUGGGAUGGCAAAGCUUAGUGGGGGGAUUGUCCACCCUGCUCUUCAUUCUGCCGUUGCACCGGACGUUUUUGCAGAGGUACGGUGCAGCAGAGCACAGCUUGACCGGUCUUCGGGAUAGCAAAAUGGCUGCACUGACAGAGGCCCUCCAAUGUAUCCGACAGGUCAAGAUCGCGGCACUGGAACAGAAAUGGGAGGGUAAAAUCAACCAGCUUCUGGAUCGAGGACAGCAGGAGCACCGCACAGCCUUCCACUGGUACUUGAUGAAUUUGGCUUGCCAUCUUGUAGGACCGGUUCUAGUCUCGGCAACCGCGAUAGGGAUAUACACGUGGAUACAUGGCAGCCUGACCCCCUCGGUGGCGUUUCCUGCGCUGUCCCUGUUGGGAUACAUUCAGUUCAUCCUGGGGCUCAUUCCGGACCUUUGGUCUGGCAUUGUUGGUGCCAGGAUCAGCUUAAGGAGGAUCGGCAGGUUUCUGGCAACGGAGUACCUCCCGUCAACCAUGGUUCCGGGAGAACGGAUAGAAUUUCACAACGCCACUAUAUGCUAUGACAGCUCCCAACAAGCUCAGCCCUCAGGAACCUUGCACGAUGUAACGGCCAGCUUCCCACCAAACGAGUUAAGUAUCGUGACGGGCGCCACGGGAGUGGGGAAGAGCCUGUUGCUACGGACGAUUCUGGGUGAAUGCCGCAUACAGUCUGGGACCUUGCGAUGUCCGGUACCAGCGUCAUACGAUGAGAUAUACGGAGAGACCGCCACUGCACGCGAGACGUGGGUAAUCGACCAUGCUGUAGCAUUUGUGCCCCAAUUUCCGUGGAACGAAGCUGCCACAAUACGGGAAAAUAUUCUCUUCGGCCUGCCUCUCGCGCCAGAGAGGUAUAAAUCGGUGCUGUAUGCUUGCGCGUUGACCAAGGAUCUAGAGCAUCUGGAGCGUGGCGAUCUGACUGAUAUCGGCCCAGACGGCUGUAAGCUCAGUGGAGGACAAAAAACGCGUGUUGCACUUGCUCGAGCCUUGUACUCUCGAGCGGGCAUCCUGCUUCUGGAUGAUAUUUUCAGUGCGGUGGAUAUUCACACCGCGCGGCAUAUUUUGCUCCAUGCCUUGACGGGGAAACUCGCUGCAGGUCGAACGCGAAUCUUGGUGACGCACCACGUUCAGCUCUGUGCCCUGAAGGCCAAGUACAUUGUAUCUCUCGAUAAUGAGACUGUUACAUUCGCAGGAACACCAUCUCAUUUACUGGAUGACAGCCUCGAGGAGAAGAGAGAUCCACCAGAUAAUGAACAUGGCCAUGAGAUACAUACGUCCCACCCGAUACCCGUGCCACAUUCAAAUACCCCAUCAGCUUCCGGGGAGCGCACAAGGGCUGCUUAUAUGCAGGAUGGCCGUCCACCACAGAACCUCGUUCAACGGGACAUAUUAAAACACUACAUUCAGACCAGCGGUGGGUGGAGGCCGUGGGCUGUCGUAGCAGGGUGCUAUAUUACCUAUAAUGGUCUUCUCCUUGCCUUGUACUCCUGGGUACGCCUGUGGACCGAAAGCGGAUCUACGACCGUGCCAGACCCUCGCAGAAUGGGAUCUUACACGCUUGGCUAUAUCAUUAUUGCAUGUGCCGCAUGUAUCGUGGGAACAUUGCGAUCUUACUUCGUGUUUGAUGUGUCACUCCACGCCGCCACGAGGCUCUUCCACCAAACGCUGCAUGCCAUUCUAGGAGCACAGCUUCAGUGGCUAGAGUCGGUCCCGAGAGGAACCCUGGUUAACCUGUUCGCUUCAGACUUUUAUCUCAUUGACUCACGACUGGGGUUUGAUCUCAUCGGCUUGUUCAGUGCUGCCAUGGACUGUGUGGGUGUGGUCAUGGGUGCGGUAUUGGUGUGUCCGACGCUGACAAUCAUCGCUGCGAUGCUUCUUUGCGCAGUGAUCUGGUAUACUAAGCGAUACGUCGUUGCGGUCUGUGAAAUUAAACAGCUCGAGGCAACCACCAGGGGGACGGUAUAUGAGCAUUUUGACAUGUCCUCACAAGGGCUCAGCACAAUCCAUGCAUUUUGCCGGCGGGAAGACUAUACGACCGUCAUGCAUGCCAAGAUUGACCAACAGGCAAAGACGUCCUGGUAUUUAUAUCUGCUGAACCGAUGGCUGACGUGUCGCAUCAAUGUGUUGGGCACGCUCUUCUCCUUAUGCACUCUUUUCUUCGUGGUUACAAGCGAUUCAAUCACGGGCUCUUUCGCCGGCUUCGCCCUGGUUUUUACCAACCAUCUGUGCCAUGCGCUGGUCAUGUUAAGUCGGACGUAUGCGACCGCAGAGAUGGAUUUCAGUGCCGUGGAGCGAGCGAUGGAGUAUACGGAGGUGCCCACCGAGAAUAGUGGAGGCGAAGAUGCUCCUGACGGGUGGCCGACGCAGGGGAGGUUGUCUGUCAGAAGUCUGACCGUAGCCUACUCGCCCGAGCUGUCGCCAGUGCUUCACAAUAUUACGUUUACCGUGGAACCCGGACAACGCCUUGGAGUCGUUGGACGGACCGGAGCAGGGAAAUCCUCGCUGGCCCUGGCACUCCUCCGGUGCCUCGAGGCACGCGAGGGGGCCAUUUUGAUUGAUGGGAUCGAUAUAAGCACGGUGAAGUUGCAGCAUCUGCGCCGAAGACUCGCGAUGAUCCCACAGAAUCCCAUUCUGUUCACCGGCACCGUCCGAUCCAACCUGGACCCGUUUGACCAAUAUUCCGAUCGCUGGCUCAUUCAGGCGCUUCAGCGUGUCUCCUGGGACCGUCCGGAGGCACUUCACACCCCCGUGUCCGAAGGAGGCUCUAACCUAUCUUGUGGUGAACGCCAGCUGCUCUGCCUUGCGAGGGCAAUGCUGUCCGACCCAGCGGUGCUAGUGAUGGACGAAGCCACCUCUGCCAUGGAUCACGGCACAGAUCAGUUGAUCCAACGCUCUAUUCGCUCGCAGAUCGGAGAAAUGAACCCGACACUGAUUGUAAUCGCACACCGUUUGCAAACUAUCGCCGACUUUGAUCGCGUGCUUGUGCUCCAUGAAGGAAAGGCAGUGGAAUUCGGAUCUCCCCAGGACUUGAUGCGGUCCCGACACGGCCUGUUCCGACAGUUGGUGGACGACGAUGUGGACAAAGAGAAUCUUUAUAGCCAGAUGAAUAUUGCCGGCAGCUACAAGCCAUAG